AUGCUUAUCGACGGUCAAAAGUGGGCUUGUGAAGCUUGCAUACGGGGACACCGUGUGACCAGCUGCAAACAUCAUGAUCGACCGUUGAUUCGCAUCAAACGCAAGGGGCGACCAUUCGCUACCUGCACCGUCUGUCAUUCAACCCCGUGCACAGCACCAAGUGAGCACGCCCGCGCAAAGCGCGAAGCAGAGCUCAAAACUCCCUCAAAAGUAACGCAAACACAACAUACCCAGCUCCCAACCCAUGAAAGGGAGCUGGGAAGUCAUGAGAAUAACACACAUCUUGACGCCCUCGGCCUGGGCAUUCUGGGCAAGCAACGAGGACCAUCGAGAUGCGCGAUCGGCAAGAAAGCAGCGCACGGCAGACUCUAUCCCCGCCACCACAACCCUCACGGUUUCCUCCCCAUCGCGCCUCGACCGAGCGACAAAGACGCACAAGGCGCAUCUUCGCAGUCGUCGACGCGUAUCUCUCGCUCCGGCUCGACGAGUGCCUCUGCCUCCGAGUCACAUACCCCCGUUUAUCACGAGUCAUCUUCGCGUCGUGGCUCAGCGUUGACGGCAGAUUGGUCGGGAUCAGAGGGGUCGGGGCCUGAAUCGAGUCUUCGGACGCAGUCUACUACAUUCCUGGCGCGGAAUUUUUCCACGCCACAGGAUAGCACUAUACAAUCGUUUGCUCGCUCAGCGCCAGAGGAUUUCGCCUUGGACCCGCUACUAGUUGAGCAUACUUUUGAUCCCAUGUAUAGCCUUCUUCCCUCAACCAUAUCGGGGGCUCAAAUGGCCCAAACUGUGCCGAUGAUAAGUCCUCUGGAGGGCAGCAAUCCGUUUGAUACCCCCUUGGAUCCUUCGCUGACAUUGAAUGAUUCCCUGGGUGGAUAUUUGGAAAGUAUGGACAUUGAUGUGACAGAAGGAUUGUCAGAUGAGGUCUUUCAUAUCGAGGACUGGUCGCGGUAUAUGUGGUCGCCUGAGACCGGCUUUGAACAUCUAGAUACAGGAUUCCCCCCUGCUACACUUCCACCUGUGACGCAAUAA